AUGAUAAUUUUUCGUAAAUACUUUUAUCCGGCUGAACUAGUUGGCCCGGCUGAGGAGAACAUUACCGAAGCCACAAACGGAGUUGCUCAGCUCGACUGUACAGCAGAAGCUAAUCCGGCUGUGGCGGUUCGCAGUUUCACUUGGUAUCGAUUUGUACCACCCAAAGGUUGGCCGGAAGACUCUCACGAGGCCGCAUUGCAACUCAGUCCACCAAUCCCGUGCAAUGAGACCGGUUCAUCUGCGUCCGUAUCCGACAAGGUGUUUGUGUCUUGUCAACAGGACAGUCAAUUCCGCAUGAGCAGUCGACUAUCGUUGUAUCGUUUGACGGAAGAUGAUGUGGGCACCUAUGUGUGUGAGGUGAACAAUGGUUUGGGAGAACCGGUGCAGAAACGCGUCAGUUUCUUACAUCCAUAUUUCACAAAACGAUUCAGUGAUCUGAAAACGAAACAAUUCCUAAGUGGUGCGCGUUUCGACGGGACCGAUAUUCAUUCCUCUUUUGAGAAUCCACUUCUGAGUGGCUGA